CACCUCGACUCCUGCUAAAGUCUCGUACAACGGGCUUUCCUCAAAAGCGUCCCAAGUAUCGAGGGUUCAUCCAGCAUCUACCGCCACUAUGAACCCUUCCAACCUUUCGUCUCUGCCGAUUGAGCUUAUCGACAAGAUCGUUCUCCACGUUCCACAGAGGUCGGACCUUGCUACUCUCCGCCUCACUAGUCAAAUGUUGAACGCCAUUUCCACUCCAUACUACUUUGCAACCGUUCCUAUAUUUCCGGAUUGGGACGAGGACUCUGCGAUUGACGGCUUGCCAUUUCCCAAUCAAGUUGAAUACCAUCCUCGGUAUUUCGCGAGCAUUUUGGAUAGUGAGAAAUUAAAGAAGUUGGUCCGGAAAGUGGAAAUCUAUUUGUGCAAUCCAGACUGCGAUCAUCAUCCUCAUGCCUGCUUGCAUCGAGGCUGGAUGCCCAAGCCCGUGAUGUCUGCAGAGUGGGUCGAGCUCUACGAACGGUUGCCUGAGCUCCCUAGGCUCGAAAGCGUCUCCUUGGUCUUUGAUCGACAUGGUGGAGGCGAUGAUCUCGACGACGAUAUGAUCUUGCAUGGUUACGAUUUCCGCAGUUCAGAGCUUGCCGAUUUGCUUUCCAUGCUCGAGAAGCGCAUCAAAGAUUUAUCUGUCAGGCAUAUACAACUUGAUCGUAGGAGCUACGGUCAUGGUCAUGAUCACGGAAUGAAGAUAUCUUUUCCCAUAUUGGUAGGGCUACGGGCGUUGAGGUUAAGCUUCGUGCACGAGCAGCCAAGAGGUGAAUCAGGAACCGUAUACAAGUCCACCGACUGCCAUGAGCAAUGGUCCCACUUUACAUCGGGAUGGCUAGAGCCCGCCAAAACUCUACGCCACCUCACUCUCUAUUCCGAUAUUCCCACUGGAUGGUUUCCCAAAGUAGACUUCUGUAACGUACACUUUGCGCAGCUCCAGUCCCUAGCUCUAGGCCAGUUUGUUUUUUGCGAUGACCGUCACUUCAAGUGGAUUGUUGAUCACUCUGAAACCUUGCAAGAGCUCUAUUUUGACCACUGCUCCAUAAUAUAUCAAAGUGGUGCGAGCCUGGGACGGAACCAAUGGCUUGACGAGCAAGGCUACCCGAAAAUCGGCGGCGAAGACGAGUUUUGGGCCCACGACUAUUCAAUCCUGCCUAGACCUGACGAAGAACACGUUCUCACUCUUGAAUCGUACGCAGUCCGCUGGUCUGACGCCUUUGAACUAUUUUCCAAGACUCUCACGCGUCUACGCACGUUCCGCUUUGGCACUUCUUCACAGUGGAACUUCGACACGCCCAACAGGCACGACGACGGUUGUCCGGGGCAUCCUAUCAUGCCGUGGGAGGCAGAACGCGAUCUGAAAACCGAGCUUUUCGAAGAGAGGUAUUUAGUCUACAACGAUUGGGGCGAGGAGUAUAUCGUUCGUUGGAAAGAUGCUUCAGAGGAUGUGGUGUUGAACGAGCAGGUCUGGACUGCCGAAGAGUUAGCGCGGUUUGAGGAAUAUCCUCAGUGCACGGGUAAAGAUGAAAGCACAUUGAAGGAAUUGCUGGGGAAUUUGGGCGUGACUUGGCACGCUGAGGCUGAGAGUAAAGUAGUAUGUCUGCAUACAGAUAGCCAGCGCAGCUACGAUAAUCCGCUCGAAAUUGCGUGAGAUCAGGGAG